AUGCUGCAGCAUCCGACGAGCGAUUACUAUGAGCUAUCUGUGGCCACCAAACAGACGCCCCCAACGUUUAGUCCACAGGGUGGUGGUGGUGGUGGCGGCGGUGGAACGGGAGCAUUAGUGAUUAACAGCAAUAAUAAUAAUAACAACAACAGCAAUAGUGUGAAUAACAACAACAACAAUAGCAGCGCCCCGGGCGACGCCGAUCUGGAGCUGAUUGCGCAGAAUGGGACAAACGUCGGGUCGGCCGCCGAUCGCGAGUCGUUGCCGAGCUUCGGCUUCACCCAGGAGCAGGUGGCGUGCGUUUGCGAGGUUCUACAGCAGGCGGGCAACGUGGAGCGGCUAGGGCGAUUUCUCUGGUCCCUGCCACAGUGUGAUAAACUGCAGCUGCACGAAUCCGUCCUGAAGGCGAAGGCGGUAGUCGCGUUUCAUCGCGGUAACUUCAAGGAGCUGUACCGUCUGCUCGAACACCACCAGUACUCACCGCACAACCAUGCCAAACUGCAGGCCCUCUGGCUAAAAGCACACUACGUGGAGGCGGAAAAGCUUCGUGGACGACCACUGGGAGCGGUCGGUAAAUAUCGCGUACGGCGCAAAUUCCCACUGCCUCGCACAAUCUGGGACGGAGAGGAAACGAGCUACUGUUUUAAGGAAAAAUCAAGAUCGGUCCUGCGCGAUUGGUACACCCAUAAUCCCUACCCAUCGCCAAGAGAAAAGCGGGAGCUGGCCGAAGCAACCGGAUUAACGACGACGCAGGUUUCUAAUUGGUUCAAGAACCGGCGACAGCGUGAUCGAGCAGCUGAGCACAAAGACACGGGAGAAUCGGACAAGCAGCAUCUCGACUCGUCAAGCGAUUCCGACAUGGAGGGCCCAAGUUUGGCCUCGAUGACCUCCAGCAAUGGAGUGCUGCAUGCGACUUCCGGUGGUGGAAUACAUCUCGGAACGAGUGGCGGAACCCUUACGUCGAACACGGCCGGUGGAGGAGUUACCGGGGGUGUGCUGGGCGGUGGUUCGACCGGUGGUUCCGGAGCAGGCGGUGGUGUUGGGCUUGCUUCUGGGUCUCUUGAACAUCAUCACCAGCACGGCGCACACACGCACCAUGCACACCACCAAGGUUCGGCUCAUGCGCACACACCGGGAGCACAACAGCAGCAAGGACAAGCGCAUUCCCAUGCACACCACAACCAUCAGCAGCAGCAACAGCAGCAGCAACAGCAACAGCAGCAACAACAGCAUCUGCACCAUCAUCAUCAUCAUCAUCACCAACCACAACCACUAGGUACGCGGAAUGGCAACCUGAUGAACAUUGGGUCCGGUGUCGGCAGCAAAACGGCAUCGAUCGGAUCCCUCUCGGCGGCUGCCGCCUAUUCGCACUUUCACAACGUGAUGGGUUCGAUGCCACUGUACGAUAUCGGUGAUUAUCAGCACUUAUGA